AUGACUACUUGUCAAUACGUUCCAAUUAAACCAGCAACUCCAAUUGACACUCGUUCUUCCUCUUCUGAUCAAUCUUCUGUUGAUCCAUUUUCCUCUGACCUACCUCUCGCUUCCCCAACCGACAGUCCUCUCACGCCAUUUGAACAAAAUCUUGUUCGCACCCCACCGUAUAUCCUCACUCUUCCGCCAGAAUCUCUGCUCGAUCCAACGAAAAAACAACGUAAAAAUCGUGUUAGAAAAAGCUCAUGUCCUCCUCGUCCUCAAAACGCCUGGGUGAUCUUUCGCAAAAACUUUGAAGGCAGACUACGUGCACAAGAUCAUAGCAAGACUUAUACCAUUCAAGACAUUUCUAAAAUGGCCGGAAAAGAUUGGAAAAACCAGCCAAUUGUAGUCAAGCAGUAUUUUGACGCACUUUCCAAGUUGGCUCAGCAGCGACACAAAAAGGCUUAUCCCGAUUACAGUUACAGGCCGAAAAGAAACAAAGCAGAAAAAAAGCAGGCGGGUUGGUCGUUUAAAGAAAUCAACAAAGAUAAACUCGCGGGACGUGGACAGGGCAAAGGCCCAAGUCCAGAUGAAGGAAAAGUGGAAGGAAAUGAUAGCAACGAACAUAUUGAUGUUAAUGUUUGUGACGACGUAAAUGAAUAUGAUGAAUCAGCUGUCGAUCGUGUGGAUAACCAUGACAUCGGAGAGCAGUAUUUGGACUUGCAAUGCGAAAACAAUGAAAGCGUGUGUGCCGGUAAUAUUAACGAACAUUAUGUGAGAGAGAACUCGUACAACAAAAUUACUCAAUUUGACGGUAUUCUUGAUACACUUGAUACACUUGAGCCCUUUGUAUCACCACAACCAAACACCCUUCACAGUAACUGGAACAACUACGAGACAUCAACAAUCCAUAAUACCACUCUAUUUGCAAAUAUUACUAAUAUUACCAACAAUCUACCAUCAGACAAUACAUACCAGACAGUCAGCGUGGGCGAUCACGACUUUUUAAAUAUUCCCAACAAUGGUUCAUCAACCUGUUAUCCUGCCGCUCAGGUGCUUAUUCAGCUGCCUCCUUCUGCUAUCCUUUGUCACACCGCAAACGCUGCAGAUCAUGGAUACAACUUUCAACGGUGGGACGAAAGCGGAAUGUAUGUCAGCAACGGGUUUGAUGUUUAUUUUGGAUAA